AUGAGUCACACAGAACCAACAUCCAUCACUUGUUUGUCUGUUCACAGAAACACCUACAGCAUUGAUUACCAGCUUCCCACCAUUCAGCCCAUUCCUAAUGGGUUAAUCCCAAUCGGACAGAAAUAUGGACUGAGCAGCCUGGACGCGGCCAAAAUUAACAGGCUCUAUAACUGCAUGAGCUGCGGCGGAACUCUGACUGUGCCCGGUGGGAAUUUCUCCAGCCCCGGAUACACAGAACAUGAGCCAUACCCUCCUUUCAGUGACUGUACCUGGACUAUGAUUGCCCUGGUGGGGUACAAGGUGCGGCUCAAUGUCCUGGAUGUGAGUGUAGAGUACAGCAGCUCAUGUCAGUACGAUUCCAUAGAGAUCAGGGAUGGUAUGGUGCCCACGGCCCAGCAGCUGGUGAAGAAAUGUGGCACAGGGGACAUCCCCACCGUCACCUCGUCCCAAAACUCCCUUCUGCGUUUCUACAGCGACAGCUCCGACGAGUCUACGGGAUUCCUGGCCAAGUAUUCAUUCGUUCCAGCUGCCUGAAGGGAUGAAGGAGAUAACGCAGAACCAGAAGAGACCACCAGAAGGCAACUGGGGGGUAUCCCUGCCCCUGAAUGUUGUUUAAACUUUCCCUUCUCCCCUCCCCGUCAGUAUUGCUUUGGUUUGAUCCAAUAUGAAUCCCCCCUACUGACUGUAUAACAUUACUCCCCCUACUGGAAGGAGGGAAGUUCUGAGAUGGGGGGGGGUUGGCCGGGAAACUUAAUAUAAAGGCCCAUAGCAAUAAUAUCAGCCCGAUGAGUUCCAUUUCCCAAUAUCCUCAUUUAAUUCCAUGUUUGGGCCAAUAAUAAACUCAGCCCCCCAA